GCUCUGGGUGUGGUUUGCUAGUCCGGGUCCCGUUAGCAGGAAACCCAGCUUUCGAGUCCACUUCACUCGGGAGGGCGCCACGAACCAAGAGACUUUUCCAGUUCCCCUCGCGAGCUGUUUUGGGGGCUUGUUUUUGGGGGGGUUUGUUUUUUUGUUUUUCUCCUCCAGUCGAGGUGGGGCCUCGCUUUUGGACACGAGGGCGUUUCGCGGCUCGCAUGCGAAAAAAGUUCCGAAGCUGCCUUCGAAAACUGCUCGUCUGUCUCUUCAGCUGCUUUGGGGGCUUCUUAGACUUUUGGGUUUGUUUUUAAUUUCCUGCCAAGCCCGAGCGGAGCAACACAAGCCAAGAUGCCGAAAACGAUUAGCGUGAGAGUCACCACGAUGGAUGCGGAGCUGGAGUUUGCCAUUCAGCCCACGACGACAGGAAAGCAACUCUUUGACCAGGUCGUUAAGACCAUUGGGUUGCGGGAGGUUUGGUACUUUGGACUCCAGUACCAGGAUACCAAAGGCUUGUCUACGUGGCUCAAGCUCAAUAAGAAGGUGACGGCCCAAGAUGUGAGGAAGGAGAGCCCUCUGCUAUUUAAGUUCCGUGCCAAGUUCUUUCCGGAGGAUGUCUCGGAGGAGUUGAUACAGGACGCCACCCAGCGGCUUUUUUUCCUGCAGGUGAAGGAGGGAAUCUUAAACGACGAUAUCUACUGCCCCCCGGAGACCGCCGUCCUCCUGGCGUCUUACGCCGUGCAGGCCAAGUUUGCGGACUACAACAAAGAAGUCCACACGCCGGGCUAUCUAUCCAACGAACAUCUGCUCCCUCAGAGAGUCCUGGACCAGCACAAGCUCAGUAAGGACCAGUGGGAGGAGAGGAUUCAAGUGUGGCAUGAAGAACACAAGGGAAUGAUGAGAGAGGAAUCCAUGAUGGAGUAUUUGAAGAUCGCCCAAGACCUGGAGAUGUACGGAGUCAACUACUUCAGCAUCAAAAACAAGAAAGGAACAGAGUUGUGGCUGGGAGUGGACGCUUUGGGACUCAACAUUUAUGAACAGAACGACAAAAUGACGCCCAAAAUUGGCUUUCCUUGGAGUGAAAUCAGGAAUAUUUCCUUCAACGACAAGAAAUUUGUCAUCAAACCGAUUGACAAGAAAGCUCCGGACUUUGUAUUUUAUGCGCCGAGGCUGCGCAUCAACAAGCGUAUUCUGUCUCUGUGCAUGGGGAACCACGAGCUUUACAUGCGCCGCCGCAAACCCGACACCAUCGAAGUGCAGCAGAUGAAGGCUCAGGCUCGGGAGGAGAAGAACCUCAAGAAGAUGGAACGAGCUCUGCUGGAUAACGAAAAGAGGAAAAGGGAAGCCGUGGAAAAGGAAAAGGAGAAGAUCGAGAAGGAAAAAGAGGAAUUAAUGGAACGGCUGAAGCAGAUCGAGGAGCAGACCAAGAAAGCUCAGCAAGAUCUGGAGGAGCAAACGAUGAGGGCUCUGGAGCUGGAGCUGGAGAGGAAGCGAGCCCAGGAGGAGGCCGAGCGCCUGGAGGCUGACCUGAAAGGCGCCGAGGACGCCAAGAUGGCUCUCUUGCAACAGUCGCAGAACCAGAUGAAGAACCAAGAGCAUCUGGCCACCGAGUUGGCUGAGCUGACCUCAAAGAUUUCCCUCCUGGAGGAUUCCAAGAAGAAGAAGGAAGAGGAGGCAACGCUGUGGCAAGAGAAGGCCACCCUGGUGCAGCAGGACUUGGAGAAGACCAAAGAAGAGCUCAAAAACAAAGUGAUGGCGGCCCACGUCCAGGAGCCCCUCAACACCGAGAACGAGCACGACGAGAACGACGAAAGCAGCGCCGAGGCCAGCGCAGAGUUCACGUCGGCCGCCGGGUACAAGGACCGCAGCGAGGAGGAGCGCAUGACCGAGGCGGAGAAGAACGAGCGCCUGCAGAAACACCUGCUCGCGUUAAGCUCCGAGCUGGCCAACGCCCGCGACGAGACCAAGAAGACGGUCAACGACAUGAUCCACGCCGAGAACAUGCGGGCGGGACGGGACAAGUACAAGACCCUCAGACAGAUCCGCUCGGGCAACACCAAGCAGCGCAUCGACGAGUUCGAGUGCAUGUGAUCCGCUCGAGCGGACCGGCCCUUUGGAUCGGUCACAUUUCCACGCGCUACCAUUCCAAACCGAAUUUAGGCAAGCCACUGGUCGAUAAAAAGGGACAUACUGUAUUUUGUAGGCGCGUUCCGUUCCUCAUUUAGGAGGUUUGGAGCAUAUCUCGUUAAAACGGACCACAUCAGAUCGACAAAAAUUGUAAUUUCAUCUCAUCGUUCUGUCGCUUCCAAAUGAAAGGCCGCAAAAUUUACACUUCUGCUGUACACGUGGAAACGGAAUUUUUUCUGUCCGGAAUAAAAGAUGGCCUUAUGCGCCCGCACCACUUUUUGAAAAAACAAUGCAAAAAAAAAAAAAAACACAAACUUGGACUUGACUUCAGUGAAGUUUUACGGUGCUUCACUAGAGCAGCAUUUUUUUUGCGAUAUAGACUGAAUAAACGUGUGCCAUAAAGAAAGCUUUUUAGUUUCAAGUGUGAAAUUUGGAUCUUUCUGAUGAAAAUGGAAGCAAAAAAUAAAAUGUAAAAAAAAAUUGGAUGAUUUUGGUCAGAUUGUAGCUCGUGCAUAAAAAAUACAGACUUUUCUUUUAAAUUAUUUUUUAGCUUUGAGGUUUAAGCGUUAGGCUUGUGGCUGUUCAUACAUGAGUUUUUAUUAAUCAAUUAGUUUUGUUAUCAAUUAGUUUAUUCAAUUCAACAUCCUGCAGUAUGUCU